CUUGUCUUCCCGGCCGGCCCAAGGCCUGGAGGCCCCGUCCCGCCCGGCUGAGCAGAUCCUGGGACCCGCGGAGGGUCGGCCCCCACAGGUCAGGAGCGGGUUGGGGACAGAGCUUCGGGUCUUUCUGGACGGAGGGAGCCGAGGCUGCCUCUCUGCCCCCCACUUCCAGACCCGAAAUCCUGUGCGGUUGUGGUGCCAGCUUCUGGGUUGGAUUGCCUGUGGGAAGUCGGGGUAGUGUGGGCGUGUACGGUGUUGCUGUGUGUGCAUAUUCUGUGGGCCUUGAGAUGGGUGUGUGUGGGAGUUGGUAGAGGCUCCAAUCCCACAGCUCGGGGUGGGUCGGACACAAGGCCUGGCUGUCUCUGCGAGCGUUAGUCACAAGCUCACACGCCAACCCGGAUCCAGAAAGGGCCCCUUAUGUGGUAAGUGACACAAAUGUACAUACACAUCCUUCAGGUGGCAAGGGUCACCACAGCCUCCGUGCCAGACCCACUUGCCGACUGUGUGCUUUGCCAUACACAUGGGCCUCUGGCCUUGUGGAGGGAAGUGAGUUUGGAGUGCCUGGGUUGGACCAGGUCGGAUGUGGAUGUGGGGGAAUUGGAGGACCUUCCCCCAGGUCUCAUCUCUAUCCCUUUUCCAGGCAAAAUCCCCUCCUCUGCCCAGACCAGGGUCUCUUCCCCAGGCCUCAGGAGAGAUGCAGCCACUGGGAGCACUGCUAGCUGGCAGAACCAUGCUUCACAACUCCAGCCACAGGGAAGGCAUGGUCCAUAUAAGACCCGGAGGGAGCAGGACAGGGACAGGGAGGGGGUGGGGGCAGGGGGAGCCCUGGCCCCCGGUACCUCCUCCCCAUUCCCCCCUGAGCCUCCAGGGGCCUCGGGCAGCAAUAUUCCUGUCUACUGUGCUCUCCUGGCCUCCGUGGUCCUCGGUCUGCUUGCCUACGUGGCCUUCAAGUGCUGGUGCUCACGUAAGCAAAGACAGCAGCUGGCCAAAGUUCGGACUGCAGAGCUGGGGGCCUUCAACAGGGACCAGAUGCAUGGGGAUAGCAGUGUCUUCCGGGACUCUCCUAGCAGCCUGGAGCCCUGUGUCCCCAGCCAGGGUGAGCCCCUUUCCCCAAACUGUAGUCCUUCAGACCUACCUAGCUCUGCCCCACCGCAAAGCCUGCCUAACCCUCACGUGUCCCUCACGUCUCCCAUCCCAGGGCCACAUCCUGAACUUGGCUGCCGGCUUUACCUCCAUCUCCUUCGGCAGCAGCAGGAGGAAGUGGAACAGCUCCUGCAGGCAUCGGGUGAACCUGACAAAGGCUGGCGGGGCCUGGCGGGCCACCUGGGCUACCACGCUGAGGCAGUGGAGACCAUGGCUCAGAGCCAGGUGCCAGCCUACACCCUGCUGAGGUACUGGGCUGUCCAAGAAGGCAGUGGUGCCACCCUCAGGGUGCUAGCAGAUGCGCUGGCUGUCCUGGGCCGUGAAGAUGUGGUCCGGGCCCUGGGCCCACUGGCUGAGGACUGCUCCGUGGUGUGAUGCUCCACAGCCUAGCCUCUCAGGGAACCUGCUCUGGCGCUCCCACCACCCCCAGCUCAUACACCUUCCCUUUCACGGGCUUCCUGGCAUUGGUGACCUCGGCCUGCUGUUCUUGGGGGACAGGGAAGAUCCAGGCACCACUCACCGCCCCUCGUCCUACAUUCCUCCAGGACAGGGACCAGGAUAUCGGGGGGAGGGGUUGAUAGUGAGAAGCAGUCCUGCCCUCCUGAUCCCCACUCCACCUCCCCUUACUUAGCCUCAACUGUUUUUUUCUACUUUUGUAUCCCAUA